AUGGAUGACGAAUACUUGAUACCGGAACCCCGGUCUUCGGAUAUUGGUCCAUCGCGAAACGUCGCGUUUCGUCGGGAUUCUAGUGGAAUACAAGAUCAUGGUCAUGUUAUCGAUGCACCCUCCUUAUCUCAUCUCGUCUCCGAAAUGGUCCGGCGUGGGCUGAUCAUGGUGCCGCAUCUCCAGGAACUCCGUGUCCUUGGCUUUGCAAAUACAGAAUGGCAAUCAUUAUUAGCAUCGGCCGAGAUGACACUGUGUGAACUGGCACUUCAGCCAUCUGCCUACAACUUAACGACUAUAGACUUGCAGUUGGAAAUGUCCACUCGUGGCCCUAAUAACUGCCUAUCAAGCCUCGUAGAAGUCACCAAGAGGACUAUCAAACUCAAAGUCUUGCGAAUCCGCUCAGGUCCAAAAGCUCUCAGUCAAUACCGUAUUCCCACCGAGUAUUGGGCACCUUUGCUUAAACAACUUGGUGAGAGGAAACCACCGUUCAAGCUACACACGCUCGACCUUGACGGGCUCGCUACAAGCAAAGUGGCGCCAACCCUGGACCGCAUCGUUGCUGCUCACUCCUGUUCUCUCCGUCGUCUUGUCCUCGGGCACACCAACUUUCACUACCCGAAUACUCUCUACGCAUUCUUCUCCGCUCUGGCAAAGUCAGACGUGAGUUACUUCGAACUAAGCUGGUUAUUUCUUCAUCAUAAGAGUUUGCUUGUGGCAAGCAGUCUGUCUUUCGCCCAGGUUCCGGACGAAGUCCUAAAGAUGGGGGUUAAGGAUCUAAGAUCUGAUUGCGAUAUGUCUAACUAUGACUGGAUCGUCAUCCGCUGGGACGUCGACCGCCAUGACGCGGCCGUGGUGUAUGACAAUGAGGAUGGCUUUUACGGGCAGGAUUGGAUCAAGAGGUGUUGCCAGAACGCCCUCACUUCGAUAGAAUGUGGGGCCAUUGAUGACUCUUGA